CUCCUCCUGUCUCACGCCUGAAAGAGUCCCCAAUGCGCAAAGCCUCCCCAGCCACUGUGCUGCCUACUUCUCCAGGUGAUCCACUCCUGAAGGGGGUGGGAACGGUUCUGCAACCAAAUUCCCCGUGUUUGUGGAACCCGAUCUCCCGCUGUGGGGAAGGCUCCCUCCACCUCCCUGACAUCAAGCCGCUUUCCCAAUCCAGUGAUUUUCCUGUAGUGCCGCCGGGAAGAGAACGCCAAAGAGCUUAACCAAGAUAUCCUAAGAAUCCACCAAGAAAAGAUUCUUCUUGAAAGUUGGACUAGACAAAAUAUAUGCAGAGGAGGUUCAUGCAGGAGGUGUGCUAGCAAUGAGAGGAUACCUGGUGUUCAUAAUUCUGAGUUGUAUCUUUCUCUAUUAUGUACUUCAUUGCAUUUUGUGGAGGGAGAGUAUCGGUUGGCUACGAAUUGUAGAAAUGAAAAGGUCUCCAGUGCUGUCUUGUCCAUUAAAGCCAGCUUUUGAGUCUCUUCUAAGUAUUCGUGGAAUAUAUCCUUUCAUGUGUACAAGUGAUUUUAAAAAGAUAGCUUCUCUUCAUGAAAGUGAUAAGAUUGCACUACCCUAUGGGGUAAAGAAUUCAGUGCAUCAUUUCUACCUUGCUCUCUCGAGCCUUAAGAGUUGUGACCUGUUCCCUGAGUCUGACAUAGUGCCCUGUAAAAAAUGUGUUGUUGUUGGUAAUGGUGCAGUUUUGAAGAAUAAGACACUGGGAGAAAAAAUCGACUCCUACGAUGUGAUAAUAAGAAUGAAUGAUGGACCCAUCAGAGGACACGAGGAGGAUGUUGGGACUAGAACAACCUUCAGGAUCUUUUACCCAGAAUCUGUCUUUACAAACCCAGAUGAUGAUGACCGGAAUUCUACUGGCAUCUUUUCAGUCUUUAAACCCCAUGACUUGAAAUGGUUGUGGGAAUUGCUGGCCGGCAUCACACCAGAGGUUGAUUAUUUUUGGAAGAAACCAGCCUUAAAUCUGAUCUAUAAGCCUGAAAAUAUCAGAAUCCUAGAUCCUAUUAUUACAAGAAUAGCUGCUUUCAACAUGCUUCGUUUUCCUACAACUUUUCCCAAAAAAGAGAAACCCAAACACCCAACAACAGGAAUCAUUGCCAUCACACUGGCAUUUUACAUGUGCCAUGAAGUUCACUUAGCAGGUUUUAAGUACAAUUUUACUGAUAAAAGUGGCCCUUUGCACUACUAUGGGAAUGCAACCAUGGCUGUGAUGAGCAAGAAUGAAUACCACAACAUAACUGCAGAGCAGAUAUUCUUAAAGAACAUCAUAGACAAAAACUUCGUUAUUAACUUGACAAAAGACUGACCCUAAAGAUGCUCAAGAUAUUGACAUUUCAUCAGUAUUUUAUUUUUUUAUAAAAUUUGAGUUUAUUUUUUAAAAUAUCAAGCUACGAAUGUCUUUAAAUUUUUGUAUAACUGUUAGGCAGUGUUCAAGAACUGAGUCUGUUAUUGUCUACUGGACUAGAUUUAAGAGAAGUUACAUUCUAUGAAUAUAUUUAAUUAUGAAGACAAAUUACAGUUAAGGUAUUAGGACAAAUGUUGGAGUAUCCUAAAAAAUCAAUUUUAAAAUGAAAGAACCUUGACUUUAAAUUCUCAUUUUGAAGAAGUCUAAAUUUCUAAGGAUAGAGAAAAUUAGGUAGUUGGACAGUUCUGUUCAAAUACCCCAGUCAAAUGAUGAUCAUGUUCUGAAAGUUAUGUUACCUAAGUAGUGUUGAUCUAGGAUGAAAUAGGCCUGAAUAUGGUCAGAGCAAAGGAAAACCGAUGUUGUGCCUAUGGAAUUCUAAGUUCUUAUCUGAAUCAUCUGGAGGUUCCAAUUUGCAACCUUUGUAUCUCUGACUCUGUGAGCUGUUUUGGCCAAAAUUAACUGAAAAGUCUUAACUUUCCCUGUUUAAUAUUUAUUGUUUUUCUCCUAUAAGCCAAUCUGGUUCACAGAAAGCCAUGGCAGUGCAUUUCUGCAUCUGGAGAAGUUCAUUUUAGUUUGCAGUGAUAAUAGGUCUUUAGCAUGAAAUAAAAAUGGAGUUUUCAAAAUUGGCUAAAUGUAAAUUAUAAAAAUACUUGAAUGAAAACUGAGUAUAGCAUUUUUCCCCCUUCAAUUUGUUACAAAAGCCAUCCUAUAACUCUUUAUUUGGAGGGUUUUUUUGGAGUGAUUGUAUAAUGAGUUCCGAGAGCUUACUCCUAUAACUCUUGUAGUUGUGGGUAUUGUCUUUCUUGCAACACGCUGUCUCAGAUCUAGAUGUGUUUUCCCCCUUCCCCCACCUUCUACUGUCUUUUUUCUCUCGAGUUUUUGAUGCUUAGAACUUGCCAUGCUAGAAACUUUAAGGCCAAUGCUAUCUUCACCUAGGCUUUUUAGGCAAUAUUUGGUUUCUUACUACCUGUAAUAUCACUGAUAGGAAACCAAUUAAAUGCAUCGAACAAGACCUAUAAAACCUCUGGCUUUUAUCUGCAUCACUGAGCUGCCCUGAUUUAUGGACAAACCUAGCUAUAUCCAUUCUGAACUUGUUUGAAUAAUGACUUUGGCAUAACUGGAUGGGUUAGUUGUGGACAAUCAAUUCCCCUUCUUUCUCUGGCUAUAGGCUGAAAAAUCAUCUUGUCAGUGAUUUGGGGGACUUUUUCCAGCUAUAUUCUUGACUGUCCCUACCCAGUUUUAUACCUUAAGCCUUUCCUUGUAUCAAUUUAAAAUGCACCUGUAAUAAAGACUUAGUGCUUUCAGUAUCCUAGUUGUUCUACCUCAGUUUCCCCCCAAAGUGGCUGCAAAAGAUGAAGACAAUCUGUUAUUCACAAUAUCUUCCUGGCUUGAAGUGCCUGGGUCUCACCCUCACAUUCUCUUUUACCCAUAGCCCACUCAUUUUCAAAGUCUUGCCCACUCCACCAACACAGUACCUUUUGUACCCUUCCUUUUUUUCUUUUAUAACUACCUCCUAACUUGUUCUGGUCACUGUAGUGCAUUAUAAUUAUUCUUCCUGAAGCACUGUUUUUAUUGUUAUUCACUACUCCAAAACCCUUCAGGGACUUUCCACUGACUUACAGAAUGAAUUCGUAACUUAUGUCAGGGCAUUGCAGAUCAACUAAACACCCUGUGUUCCCCACCUUAGUGUUUUUACUCAUUAUGUUCUGCCCUAAAAUGCUCUUCCCACAUCAGUGCUACCUACUUAAAGUCUCAUGUUUCUUACUUCAUGAUUCCUCCCAAAUCCUCCACCCUAAAUUUACCUCUCCCUUUACAACUCCUCACUGUGUUUAAGACCUGUCCACAGCAGUGUACUUCUAUUUGAUGUCAAUGUCGUCCCUUUCACUAGACUGUAAACUUGUAGAGGCAGGGACCAAGUCUUAAUCUGUCUCCCCACAGUGAUUUGCACAUAGCAGCUACUUAAUAAAAACUUAUUUAAAUUAAGAAAUAAUACUGUUAAAUACAUUUAUCCUCAACCUAAGGUUUAGCCCUCUUCUCUAGGAUGGCAGUGCCUUCGAUUUCUUUUAACCUUCAUUUGCAUUUCUAUGAAACAGAUCUACAAUGAGUAGAUUUACUAGAUUAGACCAUAAAUCUGUAGAAGAAACUUACCUAUACAGCACUGUAACGAUUGGAAUAACGCCACCUGCUGGAGACUUACUGUAGAAGAGUUCCGCCCAUGAAGCGAAGGUCUUUGAGGGCAAGACCAGGAGUCUUUUCUUUGGCGUCAGGAAGUGACGCGGGCU